AUGGGAGAUUUCUUAGGAUUCCUUUCAACACAGCUGGAUGAACUCAGUGAACACUCCACUGGCAUUGGAAAUGUAUGGAGGACCGUCCUUUUUGUGUUCCGAGUCAUGGUGCUGCAUGGCGGGGCAGAAAAAGUGUGGGAUGAUGAACAUACAAGUUUAGUGUGCAACUCGGAUCAACCUGGUUGCGAGCAAGUGUGUUUUGACUGGCAGUUCCCCAUCUCCCACAUUCGGCUCUGGGUGCUGCAGAUCAUUGUUGUCUCCACUCCAACCUUGUUGUACCUUGGCCACGCCAUGUACAUCAGCUCUAAGGAGACCAAGCUACGCGAGCGGCUCAAGAGGAAUGAAGAUAAUGUGAAGUUGCCGAAGUACACCGACGAUAAAGGUCAUGUUGUGAACUUCAAGGGCAAGGUCCGGGGCAGCUACAUAACGCACCUCGUCAUCAAGAUCCUCCUGGAGAUCGGCUUCAUCGUGGGCCAGUACUACCUCUAUGGCUUCAUCAUGGUGCCCAUGUUCACCUGCUCCCAGUCACCCUGUCCCCUCAUAGUGCGCUGCUACAUGUCUCGGCCCACCGAGAAGACCAUCUUCAUCAUCUUCAUGCUGGCCAUGUCCUGCGUGUCCCUGCUGCUCAGUGUGAUCGAUAUCUUCUACCUCCUCUGCUCCAGGGGGUUAGGACACACCAAGCCAACUAGUCGAACUGAUAAGUCGGCUCUCAUCUCCCUGAGUCAGUCAGGAACACACCGACAAAGUACAUACGUAUAA